ACCCUGGUCUCUUUCAAAAUAAACACGUGCUGGGCAUAAACCUCGGUUGCAUUUGAAACGGGACUCCGCCUUAAUUGCAAUGGGAAAAGUAAGGAAAACCAAAAUUCGGACUCCCGCAGGAGUCGAUACUUCUGAUAGCCUCGAGAAUGGCUUCCAUGUAGACAGUGACGAAGAGAGCAACUGUGGUCCCAUCGAAGCAAUUAGCAUACAUCUGCAGCGAGCCAACAUCGAGGAAAAACUCAACGGAUUGCACUCGUUUGCAGUUCUGGCGCUCCGCAAAGAGAAGCUGCGAGAGAUUCUAGAGAGUGAUUUGGUACGCAUUGCGGCCCCCCUACUGUGCGACAGAGAUAACGCUAUAAAAAAUGCUGCUGCCGGAGCCCUAAGAAAUUUAUCAGUUUAUGGACCCGAAGUUUGUGAAUAUUUGGUCGAGAAUGAUAUAUUGACAGCAUUGUUAUCCUUAAUAACCAGUUACGAUUUGAAAAUCAAUAUCCUGGAAUCAGAACUUCAAGCGGAUACAUUUUUGCAGGCCAUACACUUGCUUAGAAAUCUCACAGAGAGUUCUCCCACAGCUACCGAAGCCUUUAACCAGUCUCUCGGCUUGCUAAAGCAAUUAUUAUUAUGCUUGGACUACAAGAAAUUCGGUUUUGAAAUUUCUAUAGCAGUGGCACAAUUGGUUUUGGUUCUAUCCGAAAAUAAUUCCAGCUCAUGGAAUGUUGUGGCUAAUGAGCAAUUCUUAACAGAAUUAAUUAAAGUCAAUCAGGAGGAAGCAAAUCUGAAUUUAUUAUAUCUAAGUGCUUUAGCUGCAGGAAUUUUAGUCAAUGUUCCAGCCUGCUCGUCGGCCUAUACUAAGGAAAUUAUGGCUAGCUUGGAAAAAUUAUUAACCACCGACACCCAGGCGCAGCUGAAUUACCAUAAGAAUGCAUUAGAGCAAGAGGUAACCAAGAAUCAAGUUCCUGUAUUAGAAAUAUCCAUGGAAACUGAAGAUUUAAAUGAGUCGCAAGCGAAUGGAAAACAAAACGGCCAAAAUAAACAGACGGAAACGGAAGAAGUGUUACAAAAUCUUGAAUAUCUUUUAGAUGGCCAACGUCUAGUGGCCGAGAUUAUAACUAACUUAGCGUCAUCCGAUGAUGAUGAUGAUAAUCAACAAGGAAAUGCUAAUGCGGACUCAGACUUGGAUCAAUCGGAAACUGAAAGUGUUGCCGAUUACGAUAUGGAAGAUGAAACUGUAAAUAAUUCGUCCUCUGGUGAUUUUCUCGAGAUAAUUAAGUCUGGAAAUGUGGUUGAAAAGUUAUGGCAAAAAUGUCAACCCUUGGAUUUGACAUUGGAAAAAGUACUCAGUCUCACACACAAUUCGCAGCUUCAAAGUAAAUUCACAAAAAUGCGGGUCUCCCAUUUACUUUGCCUGCAAAAUCUAACUAAUCUUUUGAAAGUCGAUGACUUGGGCGGCCACCAGAAUAUAUACAAUAUGUGGUUCCAGCUGGGUCAGCAGGCAUUCAAGGGCAUAACGGAUGCUACAAUUAUGGAGGCAAUCACCUCGCUAAUGCGGUCAUCUCUGCUACUACUCAAAUCCCGCAAGGAUCUGUUCCAACAGAUGACAGAAGCGGAUUUGGUUUUAAUUAUCGAAGGAGCUCGCAGUUGUCCACAUUUGGAUAUACGUGUCAAUUGGAAUCGGAUGCUGGGCACGUUGGGUUGCCUACUAGCCGAGAAUUUGGUUAAAAUUAUUAUUGUCUUCUUGUUGGAUUCGUGCAAACUGGAAAGUGAUUUGUGGGCACUAUCUGAAGGCUUGGAUGCUUUAAUGGAUAUAUUUGCUAUUGAAGAUUGGCCAGAGAUUAUAGCCGAGUUAAAUAUGUGUGAAAGCGUUAAAAUCCUUGAGGAAACAUUUAAAUCAAAGCUGAGGCAACAGCGUCGUGAUAUGAAGGAGCGUCGUGCCACCAUUAUGACAGUUAAAACCAAUUUCUCCCGAUUUGUGACGUAUCUAAAUGACAAUUGCAAAAAAUAAAAAAUUACCAAAAAAAUAUACAAA